CAAACGCUAACCUGGUAACCAGACUGCAAACACAUCAGGGGCAGUUUGUCCCUCCCUAGCCACACUCUACCCGGACGCCUUAGCAAGUUGGGCUUGGCUGCCUCCGAAAAUGCCUUGUGAGCUGCUGAGACCGCACCAGAUGCUUCUCCACAAAUGGCACAAGCUGGUUUACUGCCAUUAACACCUCGACUUCACAUAGACAUAGUAAAGACUGUGACUGCUUCGGCUGCGAGUUUGGGAGGGUACGGAGACAUUAGCAAACAGGCAUAUCCUAGGGCAGCCAUUCCGAAACGCGGACCAAUCCUGUCUUAGGCCCCUGGCAUGGACCCUUGCCUAGAAAAGGGGCGGUGUCUUCAAAUUGAUUGGUGGAAGCUGACGCAUGCCCUGUACAACCUCGCACGUGUUUAACUAGUUACACUUACCGAACAUGGCCGAGAUGGAGACGCAAAACACCGGGACGGAGGAUGGCUUUACUCCGGUCACGCACCGAGGGAGCCGCCGGGCGAAGAAGCUACGGGCUGAGCAGUCGUCAACGGCGGGACAGAAUGGAGAACCCGGAAGCAUGGACACGGAGGAGGCACGGCCAGCGAAGAGGCCGGUCUUCCCGCCGCUCUCCGGCGAUCAGCUCCUGACUGGGAAAGAAGAAACGAGAAAAAUUCCCGUCCCAGCUAACAGAUACACGCCGUUGAAAGAAAACUGGAUGAAGAUAUUUACUCCGAUUGUAGAACAUUUGGGACUUCAGAUACGCUUUAACCUGAAAUCAAGGAAUGUAGAAAUCAGGACUUGCAAAGACACUAAGGAUGUCAGUGCCCUAACAAAAGCUGCCGACUUUGUGAAAGCCUUUGUUCUUGGCUUUCAGGUGGAGGAUGCACUUGCCCUUAUCCGGCUAGAUGACCUCUUCCUAGAGUCUUUUGAAAUAACUGAUGUUAAGCCCCUAAAAGGGGACCACCUGUCAAGGGCAAUAGGAAGAAUUGCUGGCAAAGGAGGAAAAACCAAGUUUACCAUAGAGAAUGUAACACGGACACGGAUUGUUUUGGCUGAUGUGAAAGUUCACAUUCUCGGCUCUUUCCAGAACAUCAAGAUGGCAAGAACAGCCAUCUGCAACCUCAUCCUAGGAAAUCCCCCAUCAAAGGUGUAUGGCAAUAUCCGAGCUGUGGCCAGCAGAUCAGCAGAUCGGUUCUGAUUUUCCAUGGACCCUUGAAAUGUUCACAUAAAACCAUGGAAAGAGUAUCCCAGCCACUUAAAGCUCAGGUUUCUUCUCAGCUCUCAGCCAGAGCAGACGCAGAAAAAGAAGUUUAACAGGACUUGCACUCAGCUGCUUCUAGGAUAACUUAAAUAUGAUAGAAUACUGAAAAAUACAGCAGUUUAUAUUUAAAGUGUAAAUAAACCACACGGGGCAGAUUCACAGUUUAAAACCCUAUUAUUUUAAAGACACCUGCUUGCUUACAACUUUUUGGUUAGAUUUACAGCUAAACUUAUAAACUUAUAUAAACUCUGAAGUUUUUAAUUAAAAAUGAAUCACAAUUCUUGGCACUGGGCACUGUGACUAUUUCAGGGUUGAGUCAUGGCCGUAACUUGCACUAUUGUGCUCAUCAUUGUGGAUAUUAAACAUGUGACUUAGAUACUA